AUGCCCUCAAGCGAUCGGGAUGAGCCCUCACAUGCACAGGCGCCUGACGGGCCGGAGUCGUCACUGCCUUGGCCAACUCACAAUCGCAAUAUCAGCAAUGCCAAUGCGUCACUGGAUGACCACGAGAAACCAUCAAACGCCGUCCCCGGUGCCAUGAGGAACGCCAGCGACAAGAUCCGAAGCCUCGACGGCUUGCGGGGAAUCGCAUGUCUGCUCGUCUUCAACUACCACUUCCUGUGGCCAUGGACACCUCUCAUCAUGCUGGGGUACGGUGCGAUGCCGCCUCACUCGCCAGAGCCGUACACAUCAUGGGCCACACUGCCCAUCGUUUGCCUGCUUCAUCGCGGCCACCCCAUGGUCGCCAUCUUCUUUGCCAUCUCAGGCUACGUCGUGUGCCGCCAUAUCCUCCGAUCAAUUCACGAGCGCCGCAUCGAAGCCGCGUACCAAAGCAUCGCUUCAGCCGUUUUCCGCCGUGUUUUCCGCCUCUACAUCCCACCUACCAUCAGCAUGUUCAUCGUCGCCAUGCUCGCCCAGGUCGGUGUUUUCCGCUCAGAGGACGCAGUAUACAAGGGACGCGACUCAGUCUACAUCAACGGCACCGUGACCAUGGCCAGUAUACCCACGCUCAAGGUUCCGUGCGCCAACAUGACGCACCCCGUCACAGGCGCUGACGGCGUCGCUGAGUUCUUGCAUCUGCAGAAUUCGCUGUACCUUGGCAACCUCACCACCUGGACCGACACAAUCUGUCUCAACGCGACCUCCAAGAACGUUGGCCCCUCUACCGUCUACCGCCGUGCCCCCCUCGAAGAACUCGACGCCCUCAACAUCUCCCGCGCUGUCGAGUCUCUGGCCCCCUUCCCCUGGGUGGCCCCCUACUUUAACCCAGCCCCCAUCGAUCUCACCAACAUUACCAACGUCUCUGAGCCCGCCACAUGGGUCCAAUUAGGCGGUUCAUGGGAGGAGCACCCCUUCAUCCAUGACAACAUGACCUACGCCAUUCAGAACUUCACUCGCGCCUACGCAGAGUGGGCCAACCCCUUCAACUUCGGCCACUACCACCCCCGCUACGACCCCCACACCUUCACCAUCCCAAUGGAACUUCGCGGCUCGAUGUUCGUGUACGUCUUCCUCCUCGCCACGGCGGCCUUCAAACCCAAAGCCCGUCACGCCCUGGCCGCGGCCCUCACAGCCUACUGCCUCCAGAUGGGCCGCUGGGACAUGGCCACCCUCCUCGGCGGCACCCUGAUGUCAGAGCUCGACAUACGCGCAGCGGACACCCGCCUUCCAUUAUCACGACACGCGCAGCACCACCACCACCUGCAGCAAUCUACCGGCAGCAAACGCGCCCUUCGCUGGCUCGCCGUCCUCGCCUCCCUCUACCUCCUCUCGUACCCCGACGCGGCCGCCGAGUACACGCCGGGCUUCCAGUACAUGUCCACCUGGGUGCCGCGCUACUACGUGCCCCUCGCCGGCUGGAUGGUCUACCAGUCCCUCGGCGCCCUGCUGCUGCUCUGGUGCAUCCUGCGCAGCCCGCUUCUGCGCCGCCUCCUCGAGUCCCGCCUGCCGCAGUACCUCGGUCGCGUCAGCUUCUCCCUCUACCUCGUCCACGGACCUGUCCUGCACAGCCUCGGGUUCUGGAUCAUGCCGCGCCUGUUCGACAGGUUCGGCAGGGCCGGCGGUUAUGCCAUUGGCUACGUCGUGCUGCUGAGUGUUACUUUGUAUCUUACGAAUCUGUGGCAUCGCAAGGUUGACGUCUGGAGCAUCGGAGUCGGAAAGAGGGUGGAGCGGGCGUUAGUCGACCACCACAGUUGA